UAGAAUUGUUCCAUACGUUCCAAAGAAACACUGAUCGUACGUACUUCAUUGACUGAAUCAAAUAUUGAUCGUUGAAGAUUCAACCCUGGAAGCUUAUAUAUUGGCAAGAUGCAGAGAGCAAUUUUCGUCACUUACAAAACUGCAAUCCGAAAAGAGAAACCAAUAACAAGAAUAUGGCGAUUACACGUGUUGCUCUCUGCCUUAGCUUUGCAUUCCUCUUCUAUGUGGUUGGAGGAGCCAAGGUGACAUUCACGAAUAGAUGUGGAUAUACUGUAUGGCCAGGAACCUUUACUACAGCUCAAACCCCUCAAUUAUCAACAACAGGUUUUGAGUUGGGACAAGGAGUGACGUACUCGGUGAACCUUCCUUCUUCAUGGUCUGGUCGAUUUUGGGCAAGAACCGGAUGCUCAAUCAACAAAGAAAAGUUUAGUUGUGCCACAGCCGAUUGUGGGUCUGGUCAAGUGGGGUGCAAUGGUGCUGGCGCAAUCCCACCAGCAACUUUAGUUGAAAUUACCAUGGCAUCAAAUGGAGGACAAGAUUUCUACGAUGUGAGCAACGUUGACGGGUUCAACGUGCCAAUUUUUGUAACUCCACAAGGUGGGAAUGGCCCUUGCAAAGCCGCUAGUUGUCCAGCAAAUAUCAACGCUGUGUGUCCCGCAGAACUUCAAGUAAAAGGUUCUGAUGGGAGUGUCGUUGCUUGUAAGAGUGCUUGCUUGGCUUUUAAUACAGAUCAAUAUUGUUGUCGUGGAAGUUACAAUACCGAAGCGACAUGUCCACCUACAAAUUACUCUAUGGUUUUCAAGAACCAAUGUCCUGAUGCCUAUAGCUAUGCUUACGAUAAUACGAGCAGCACUUUCACUUGCUCUGGUGGUCCUGACUAUGCAAUCAUCUUUUGUCCAUCACAACAUCUUUUGUACCCAUCCGUAACAGUUGAUGGUUCACACUAUUUUAAAUGUUACUAAUGUUGCAAGAAUAUUAGUUUUUUACGUCCUUAAAAAACUAUUGUAACUGAAUUGAGUGAAGCAUAGUUCCACUCCAUCUCUAUUAAAAGCCACUUUGAUUCCACACAAUGCUUAACUCUACUGCACCCUAAUCCUUGUGAGUUGUGAGUCAUAUCCACUAAUCCACACCAUGCGUAGAGAAUUAAUGCUAAGACAGAAAGCACAGUAACCUCUAUGUACCAAGAGUCAAGGUUACUAUAAAGCAUAGUAGUAUAUUAAUAUUAGCAUAGACAAGCAAGGAGAUAGAACCACCUUUCCAACCAAAAAGUUUCAAUUUUAGCUCCCAAAUUGAGGAUAACUUCAGAAUUCCCUAUUGACAUCUCCACAAAACAGUUCAAAGAAAUAUAGAAAAUUACAAGUAAGCUGCAAAGAAAAUCCAUUUCUUAGAUCCUAAGCAUUAACAGUAAGAUAGAAUCCAAGUACAAGUACUGGAUGUAGAAAAGCAGAGAAUAAACAGUUUUUUAAGAGGGAAAGAGAGUAGAAAUCAUCCAAAUUCUUCACACAGUUCAUUACCAAACAUUGCUUCCUUUUAUGGAGGUUUCAAUAAUAUUUUUGGUUAGCUUUAUUCAUGAAUAUUGGAUCAUGUGACACAUAUUCCUUUUCUCUGACCAAUUUGUUGACUCUAUUUUGAUGGCUUUGCAUUUUCUGUUAGUAUUAAGAACUUUUUAUUGAUUAUCGAUGACAAUAAGUUGUCCGUAAAGAGAAAAUGUCAUCAGCAAUAAGAUACAACUCAAGCCAAAUGAGAUACAAUUAUUCUUAAUUUUAUUAGAACUAUUAAACUCAAAAGUGUAAUGCAAGCUAUGAAAAUUUCUAAUGUGAAAAAUUCUCCAUAAU